GAGGCUGCGGCGCCGAUUCUCGUCACGCCGGUCGCCUGUGGACGUUGCCCGGCUGGCAGGCCGGCCAUGGCGGCGGCCCCGGAGCAGGAGGACCGCAGACCGAUCCGGAGGGUCCGUUCCAAGAGUGACACACCUUACAUCAAUGAAGCGAGGCUCUCUUUGCACCUGGAGACAGCUGAAGAAGUUGAAAGGCUGGCAGCAAUGCGCUCUGAUUCACUGGUACCUGGCACACACACACCUCCAAUUAGGCGACGAAGUAAAUUUGCCACCCUGGGGCGUCUCUUUAAACCCUGGAAAUGGAGAAAGAAGAAGAGUGAAAAGUUUAAGCAGACCUCUGCUGUGCUGGAGAGAAAAAUGUCUACACGACAGAGCAGAGAGGAGCUUAUCAAGAAAGGAGUGCUGAAGGAAGUUUAUGAGAAAGACUGUUCAUCCUCAUCUGUACGGGAGGAGGAGAAGCUGCAAAAUGGCCGUUCUCCAUUGCACAGAUGCAGCUUGUCACAAUCGGAAGGUACUGAGCCAAUGGAAGGAGCGGCUGCAACUGGAGGUUCACUCGAGUUUGAGAUCGCUGCUGAUAGUACAAGUCAACAGGACCACACCCAAAAAUUAAACCACACUCCCCCCACAAAAAAGCCUCCAGUGUAUCCAGGGGAUGAUACUGAAUCUACACUGCACAGACCUCCUACGUUACACAAGCAACCUCCUGCACUACCACCCAAGCCCUUCACCAGAAUACCAAAUCACAGUACAGGUACAUUCGUCCGUGUGAUAAUAUUCCUAAUUGAGUUUAGUCAUUUAAAAGCUAGUAACUACCUUUGUCAAUUUACAGACGGCACCCCGGUAAAGUUGCCGUGCAUGUCGGUGAAGUUAUCGCCUCCUCUACCUCCAAAGAAGCUCAUGAUCUCCGUACCUGCAGGGAGCAUGGAACCCUUUCCGCCUUUGCUCACCUUCCAGAAGUGCUCCGCACCUCCCAGCCAUGCUCCUGUGGGCGGGCACUCACUGCAGUACGGAACACUUCCUGUUCCUCUUCACCCGUCCAGCCGAAUCAUUGAGGAACUCAACAAGACCCUCGCCCUGACCAUGCAAAGGUUUGAGAGUUCUAUGAUGCGCGCUGUUCCCACGGUGAUGAUGGAAUGUGACGACAAAGAAAAUCUCCCGAACGAGGCUGACUACGAGGAUCUACCUGUUAUGUAUGGCGAUGAUAAUGAAGAUGAAGACGAGGAGGAAUUCGUGGAGGAAGAGGAAGAAGUGGACGAGGAGGAGGAAGAUGAUGAUGAUGAAGAAUUGUUUACAAGCACACUCGCCAUGAAGGUUUUACGGAAGGACUCUUUAGCCAUUAAAAUCAGUAACCGUCCAUCGAAGAGGGAGCUGGAGGAGAAGAACAUUCUGCCACUGCAGUCCAACCAGGAGAGACUCGAGUCCCGACAGCAAACAGCAACCAAACUCACACGACGGUUGAGUCAACGCCCAACCGCUGAGGAACUGGAACAGAGGAAUAUCCUGAAACCUCGAAACGAUCUGGAGGAGCAGGAGGAGAAGAGGGAGAUCAAAAGACAUUUAUCCAAAAAACUCAGCCAGAGGCCCACGGUGGAAGAGCUGAGAGAAGCAAAGAUCCUCAUUCGUUUUAGUGACUACGUGGAAGUUGCCGAGGCUCAGGACUAUGACAGGAGAGCAGAUAAGCCCUGGACAAGACUAACAGCUGCUGAUAAGGCUGCAAUAAGAAAAGAGCUGAAUGAGUUUAAAAGCACAGAAAUGGAUGUGCACGAGUCGAGUCGUCACCUGACCAGGUUUCAUAGGCCAUAAAGGAAUGCUGGCCAGGUUGAUAGUCCCGCACAAACGACCAGUGGUCAGAACGCUCUCUGCUGCAGAACUCUUCUUUUGUGAUCACUUCCCACAGACCACACACCUGGCAACUCUUUCUCUGUGAAUCUCGUUACAGUACAGUUUUUAGACUUACUCAGACUUAAAAAUGAAUUUUGUAUCAACAAACGUGACAUGUUUGUCAAGUCAAAUAUGUGCCAAUUUUGAUGUAUUUGAGGAAGACUGGUCUUAAAAACUAACUAUUACGCAUUUGUAAAUUCUAAUUCAGUCUCAGACUUAUUUGACUGACAUUUUUUUUUUAUUCCUAUUGAAUAACAGAUUUAUGUAUAGCUCCAUUAAUGUCUUAUAUUUUUCAGGUCACAUGGCUCUUUGCAGCUAGCAACAAUUCUAUUCUGAUGUUAAAAUUGCACUAUGUUGAGAAUUGUGACAGGGUACAUUGAUCAUGUUCUAUAUUCAAGCAGAAUGAAACUAUUGAUUAUGUGCAAUGGACUAGGGGUGUUACACACAGACUAGAGUGGACUAUGGUGACCUUUAAUACUGUAUACAAUUGGGGGGGGAAGACAUCUAUUAUAUCUGUAUUUGUGGGAACAUUUUCAUAGCUUCCAGCUGAGUUCAACUUUCACCCAACACUCUGAAAAUCGAACGUCUUCAAAUUCAUCAAUCAACAGCUCAAUACUCUCAGAUUCAUCUUUAUUUGUUUAUGGGAUGCAUUCAGAAGCUUGUACACCUUCCGGAUUCUAGUUCCCUACUUUUAACCAAAGCAACUUGACUGGAGCAGUCGAGUUUGAAUGCAUCCCACAAUGUCUCAUGUUGACAGUUCAGUUACCCUCUGAUUCACUGUGCCUACAGCUGUGUUUACAACACCUUAUUUAUACAUAUUUUAGUUAAUACAGCAUUUGUAUGCACAGGAAAAAAAAAACGUUAAACAUGCCAAUAUGAACACCUUACAAUGAUUUUACACUUACUGAAAAUAUCCGUGCAACACUUUUGUCUUUGUUUUGUCUAACUACAGUAUAUGCCAAACAAAAGCUUAUGCUAUAGCUCUUGGAUUCAUUUAAUAUACCUAUUAAAGAGCACUUCAUAUAACUGGCAGGUAAGACAAUUCAAAAUGAUGUAAUGUAUGUGGUUAUUGCACAGGAAAGUGCCUAAAAAUCAUCACAAUAAAAAGACCAGAGUUGUCUUUCAUUGUUAGCAGUCAGGACAACCUGUGCAAUAUGCCAUUUACCAUCUCCCCAAUUUUAGAAAACUUAAAGGUCUCCCAAUACAGACUUUAACAAGGACAGACACAAUUUGUCAUUUGUGAAUCAAAUUUGACAGAAAUAAGCCUUUGGUUUGCAAGUAUAAAAUCUUACACUAUUUCCUCUACUUCAAUUUGUGGGAAAUAUGAGCAAAAACAGAACUGUUGCAAUUGUAUUUGUGUCGAGCAUAUUGUUUGCAGUGAUAUCUGAAUUUUUGAUCACUUGGACAACUGCUCGGUAUGUUUGUAUGUAAGAGCAUCUGUGUGAUUUUGUGUGUGUGUGUGUGUGUGGGUGCGUGCAUAUGCAAGCUACUUGUUUGCAUGUGCAGAAUUAUAAGACUUGUAAAUAACAAAGAAAGUGACUAUUUGUUAAGCAGAACAACUGCAUGUAUUUAUUGUCUUCUAUGAUGUAUGGCGUUUCUUAAAGAAAGAAAUUGGAUUUUGGCAGCUUCUUUUCUUAAACGCUAAUAUUCUCACCUGCUC